AUGCCGCAUAAACAUACGUAUGAACCAAAAGAUCCGCGCAUCAUUGAUGAGUAUGAGGACGAUUUGGAUUCGGAUGAUUUGGACUUGGACGAUUGGAGUUUGACCGGUCAUUCCAAUGCCAUUGCUUCGCAAAGAAAAAGAAAAACGGGCACACAAGCCCUGGUGGAGUUUCUGAACAAUACCAGUCCCGAGGAAUUUCAGAAAAGAGUUGCGAAGCGUACACCGUCCACCCUAUUUUUCCGACUGCGCCGAAAUAAACAGGCUCCUAGUGUAUCGACGAUAUCGUCGUUGGCGCCCAAUGUCGUUCACCGGAAGAAUUACAUCGAAAUCGUGGCUGGACCUACAUCGACUCAAGACACUUCUGGCAGAUCGAUCCGUGCAAGCAAAGUACCGUCGUUUACCUCGUCCUCGCUAAGACACAGUGUUGUCAGUCAAGAGAGCCAAACAUCCCCGAUGUUACCUGUGAAUCGAAGCAGUAGCCGUUGGGCAGACUCACUACGAGGAUCCAUGUCCAUUAGGAGCCGUGCGAGUGGAUCGAUUCGUACCUCGUCUGUGUUUCGGGAGAUAAACAUUGAGCCGCCAACGACAGAGCAUCAAGAUACCAAACCCUUGACGGACAGGAGCCAGCACAAGGACAUGGCAAUGAUAGAAACGGCUCUGGCAGAACGAUUGGAGCAAUUCCGAUUGGCCGGCAACCCCACACUAAUAUCGAAUGACGACGUGGUGCCUGCUUUUGCGGCUCAGCCGACACCUAUUAGUCAACCCACAUCACCUCCCAAGAAGGUCCGUCACAUGCAAGUCCAGACAGCCACAGAAACCUCGUCGUCAUUAUCGUGUGGGGAAGCGGAAGCAAAUACAGAGUGGACCGACACUUCGGAAGAAUGUUUAAACUGCACUCAGGGUUCCGUGGGGACGUCGGUUUGUCUGGAAGAAUUGCAGAUGCAGCUCGUUCAGGAACAGCAGCUCUGCCGACAACUGGAAGCCAACAUGGAAAAUGCUUGCGACCAAUUCGAAGCGCUCAGUGGUUUAGCUUAUAAGAGACUACGAGAGCUUUGGGAGGAAAAGACACGAUGGGAAAAUGCAUACAUGACGCUACUGAACCAUGGAACGGACAAUGAGUCUGAAACGCCAGCUCAUUUGUCACCAUAA